AUGACACAGCAGUUUCUAGCCACACAGACAGACCUAGUGAAGCCUUAUGCGGAACACCCACUCAUUCUUCGUUCUUUUGAUGACAUCUACACCCGUAAGGCCCUGCUGCACAAAGGGAGUGAUGUGUCUCUAUACCUCACCGUCCUGACUACAUCCAUGGAGCAGGUAAUUUCUAAGGAGAUCUACUAUCAGGAAGAGAACGAAGAUCUCGUCUUUGCUUUAACAGACGAGCUACGCUAUAUCUCUUACAUGAAUAAUCGGUGCUUGCAGCCGAUUCUUGAUGUGUUCUUCCAGAGACCUGAGAAACGUAUCAUUGCUGUCUAUGCUUCUGUUAAUGGGCUCUCUCUGAGGCAGAUAAUAACCUAUAACACAAAACACAAUGUUCGCAUUUCCGAGAGUGACAUGUGGCGCAUAGCAGGUCAGCUAGUGAGCGUUCUUUACUACAUGCACUUCGUUCAAUCUCUUCAUCGACUCGUGAAGAGCGCCAAUACUGAUGCGUUUACUGAGAGCGCUCGUGAGGAGGAUUUUGCCGUUAUGUAUAGACUCUAUAAAAACCGUCCGGAGAACUUCUGCAGCGAUGAUAUUCAUUAUAAAAACUUUCAGCUGGAAGAGCUGGCACGCGUCUCUAAUCACUUGGUUCGUGAAAAGAGCAUGGAGCUCUAUGAAUAUGCCUGUCAGAUAAUACCAAUCUUGCACAGAGAGAUUACCCCGGACAACCUGAUAGUCGACAGUGCAGGCUAUCUUGUACUGUGUAAUGCUAAUCCGUAUAGAGUCCUCUCGCAAGAAUACGGUCCAUAUGACUCUCCAGAACUGCAGAAAUUUGGUAUAUUUUCAGAAGCAACUGACUUGUACAGUGUAGGGCUUGUCUUGUAUGAACUCUUAACCUGUCGCAAGUAUCUCGAACGGUCUGUGGACUCUCACUGGUGUCCGCGCCAACUUCCAAAUACCCUCUAUUUUGAUGGGUACUCUACACAUCUUCGCAACCUGAUCAGAGGACUGCUUCACCCAGAUCCAGCGCUGAGGCCUCUCCUGACAGACAUCAUGAGGCUACCUCGCCUAAGCGAUUCAUUUCGUGGUGUGGAUAGCGUUGGGAAGGUUACCCCAAUAUACAAAAGCCUUCUUCUACAUAACUACACAAAUCUUGCUGCGUUCAAGUGA